GAGGCCUAUGUCGCGUCGUGCCUCGAACAUUGGUAUCUGGAGAACUCUGCUUCAUGUCAUCGUUGCUCUCUCGGUUGCUACCAACGUGAUGAUCUUCACCAUGAGUGAGCAGUUUGCCUCCUGGGCUCCUGGACUCUAUCGAGAAGCCAGCAGUGAUGAUGUGCACGGAUUGUUGGCCCAAGCCACAGACGCGACGACUGGUACAGCAGAUCUUGUCAUGCGUCAAGGUUCUGGCCGCUAUGUGAUCUUCAUUGCGGCAGUCUUGGAGCACUUGGUCGGCUUGGCCGUCCUCGUGGUGAUGGCGGCUAUUCCACAAGAACCGGAAUGGGUCUGUUCCGAGCUUCUGCGCACCAAGCGCUUCAAAUCGCGGAGGGCCAAGGAAGCCGCGCAGAUGCUUCCCCAGCCUGGCGGACCGAGCUAA